UAGGACAACACUCACAGCAGCAGUAACUCAGUAGGGAGGGUGCAGCAGCCAGCAGGGCUGCAGGUUCGGCAGGGAGCCUUACUUUGAGAUGUGAUUUGAUUUAUAAGAGCAGGCUCAGGCCUCCCAUCUCCCACUCUCUUUUCUCCCUCUGCAAACGAGAAAGGCAACUCACAGAAAAGAUUGAAAGGAAAAUAAAGUAGAGAGAGAAAGAGGGGCUGCAAAAAUUUGUACACGAUGGAUUGGCUGUCUCUUUUGACCCAUGUCUUUUUGGUAAAAAUGAUAUAAUUGUCAUCAUCAUCAGUUGGAGAGGUCAGAGAGCGAGAGAGAAAGGCGGGGGCCGGGGGGUUAAAUUGAAACGAUGGGGAAGGCUGGAAAAGGGAAGGAGAAGAGAGAAGGGUCGAAAUCCACAAUGCCCAUCUGAUGAGAAGGGUGGGAAUAAGUCGUUGUGCUUAAUGGAGAUCGAUCUAAACAGGGUCGAGGAGGGUUGUGUUGAAAAUGGAGGUGGUGAUUUCUUAGGCUUGGCUCGUACUCCCCCACCUUGUUCUUCUUCGCUGUCUUCGUCUUCCUCUUCUUCUGUGUGCUUGGAGCUAUGGCACGCUUGUGCUGGGCCUCUUAUCUCUCUGCCCCGGAAGGGCAGCCUCGUGGUGUAUUUUCCCCAAGGCCAUUUGGAGCAGCAAGCUCAGGAGUUCCACUCUCGAACUUGCGACCUUCCACCUCAGAUGUUCUGCAGAGUUAUGGACGUUAAUCUCCAUGCCGAGAAAUUGAAUGACGAAGUGUAUGCGCAAGUGUCCCUUUCGGCUGAAGACGAGUCGGCUGUUAGGAGUUUGAAUGGAGAGGAAGAGGAUAAUGAAGAGAGUGAGGGGCUAAGAAGGAGGACGACCCCUCAUAUGUUUUGUAAGACGUUGACUGCGUCGGACACGAGCACGCAUGGUGGGUUCUCGGUUCCCCGACGAGCUGCAGAGGACUGCUUUCCUCCCUUGGACUAUAGUCAGCAGAGGCCCUCACAAGAGCUUAUAGCAAAGGACUUGCAUGGUAUCAUGUGGAGAUUCCGUCAUAUCUAUAGAGGCCAGCCUCGUCGGCAUUUGCUCACUACAGGCUGGAGCUCAUUUGUCAACAAGAAGAAGCUGAAGUCUGGUGAUGCUGUAUUGUUUCUCAGGGGUGACGAUGGGGAAUUAAGGUUGGGAAUCCGAAGAGCAGCCAGGCCACGAUAUUCUGUACCACACUCUGCUGCUUCGAGCCAGCUUUCAAAUGCGAGCAUGCUUUCCAUGGUUGCUGAAGCAUUAUCCACCAAGAGCGUAUUUCAUAUCUGCUACAACCCAAGGGCCAGCCCAGCAGAGUUCAUGAUACCCUACUGGAAGUAUUUAAGAAGCUGUAAUCAUCCAUACUCGAUCGGAAUGAGGCUCAAAAUGAGGGUCGAAACUGAGGAUGCUGUAGAGAGGAGAUACACAGGACAGAUAUCUGGUAUUGGCGAUGUAGAUCCAAUUAGGUGGCCUGGUUCAAAAUGGAGAUGCUUGGUGGUCAGAUGGGAUGAUGAUUCAGGAACUGGUCUUCAUGAUAGAGUUUCACCUUGGGAGAUCGAGCCAUCCAGCUUGGUACCAGGUUUCAGUUUGCCACUGACAGCUGCAUCGAAGAGACCUAAGAUGAGUCUCCCAUCCAUCAGCCUAGAGUUCCCUCUUCCUGAUAGAAGUGGGUUUUCAGACUUCAAUGAAUCUUCAAGAUUCCAAAAGGUCUUGCAAGGUCAAGAAAUUUCAGGGUUUGGUGCAAAAUAUGGUAACAUUCGUUCUAUGAACGACCAGACAUCUGGCAACCAGAGGUACAAUUCCCUGGCAUAUACUUCCACAUUGUCUGGCAUGGUAGGACCCAUGAGGACUCCAUCAGGAGCUUCAGGUGGUCAUGGAAAAUGCAUAGGCUUUGAAGAGUCUAAUAGAUUCCUAAAGGUCUUGCAAGGUCAAGAAAAGUUUCAGGCAGAAUCUCCUCAGAUUGAUGGACUGCCAUCGAAACAGUUCGGGUUUGGAUUUUCAGAAGGAUUGCAGAUACCUAAUGUGAGCAAGAGGUCGGCCCCAGAGUCACAGGGGCAUUCUACUCAACUUCCACCAAAGAAUGCAAAGGUUUCGUCCCCUUCAUCUGUUUUCAUGUUCCAACAGGCAAGUAAUAGAAGCUUGUGCCCACACAGUUCAAAUGGUCUUGAAAUCAUGCACAAAAUUAGGGAACAAAGCAGCCUGCACGGUGGGUUUGAUUAUUCUGAGGUAUCAAUUGGGCAGCGGAGCUCCCCCAUAUAUGGAUUAAGUAGUAUCCAACAGUUAGGACUUGGGAACAUGUGUUCGUUAGGUUCCUUGAGAUUGCACAACCAGGCUGGAGAUAGGAAUGCUCCUGGACUUACUUAUGAAAAUGAAUGCCAGAGUGUAGACAUUUACAGGAAAAGCAGUUGUCGGCUUUUUGGCUUUUCACUGAAACCCGUUGAAUCUGCAUCAGUUGUGGAAGACCCUGUUCUUAGGUCCGUGCUUUCUCCAGCAGAUGUCUCACGUGCAAGCGAGGCUGCUUAUCAAAACUUUCCCUUCACAGCUGGCUCCGAAAGAAGUGAAAAGCAUGUACUUCCGAACUUGCAGAGGUGCCUGAAAUCUUCAGGCCGCAGUUGUACUAAAUUUUUGCAGGUCCACAAGCAGGGAAGCUUGGUGGGGAGAGCCAUUGACCUGUCAAAGCUUAAUGGGUAUGAUGAUCUGAUCUAUGAGCUAGAAAGGCUUUUUGAUAUGGAAGGUCUGCUGCGUGACCCUGCAAAGGGGUGGCAAGUUGUGUAUACGGAUGAUGAGAAUGAUAUGAUGCUUGUGGGUGAUGACCCAUGGCAGGAAUUCUGUAAUAUCGUCUCCAAAAUUCAUAUAUAUACGCAGGAAGAAGUGCUAACAAUGGCUUCCAGAAUGAAGAGCUACGAGGCCACUAGUUGCUCAGAUGCGCCUGUGACCAUUGACGUAUCCAAAACAUCUUCUGAACACAUGGAUUCGUCAGUGACGGUAACAAGGACUUGAAGCCAAUCUCUGUACUUCUCCCCCGUACGAUCCUCCCAAGAACACUGUAGCUUGUAUUCCGUGAAAGACUUUCUUCUUCUGCACUGGCUCCUGUUUCAGCAGAAGAAACCAAACGAUAUGCGUGCUUCUUUAACUGCAGCAGCCCAAUGGAUGCUACUAAAACGUGUAUAAGGACAUUGUAGCUAAACACCCAUCUGUCCCCGCAAAUGGGUGGUUGUAUUACCAAACUCCAGUGAAGGGCCUGCUUUCUUGAGCUUUUUGAGCAGGACCCCUGAUUCCCACUCGUAUCAGCGUUUCUAAUUCUUUUCUUUGGGCAUCAUC